UGAAUUAAUUACUGAUUUUAGUAGGUUUUAACAUAUCGCCAAGGAAGGGAUUAAUUUGUGACUUGCAACAAUGUCUCCCACUGAUUUGGACCUUUGUCGCGUCAAGUUUUCCGUAAAGUUAGACCAGAUUUCGGAAAAGUUGAGCACAAAGGUGCAAGAUGCAAUUAGAUCGAUUGAAUUGACCAAGCUGGACAAAGAGUUUGACUUUUUUGUCCCACAAAUUUACAGUGCUGCCAACCUGGGAAAUAUUUUGAAAAUCACGCCGGAAAUCAUUGCCGUCACGGAAGAGCUUGAAGAAUGGAUUUCCGACAAUUAUUCAUCCUUCGUCAACCCCAAAUAUGGUGCACGAUUGGCGAAUCACGCCGUUUCGUACAUAUUGCGAAUCUGCCCUAGUUAUUCUGUAAAGGAGGCAAAAUUUCGUAUUUUGUGCUACUACUUCAUCAUAGGAUUUAUCAUGGACGAUUGGUACGAUGAUAACACGAAGGGCGAAGACGAUGGAUAUUGUUCUUUGGAGUUGAAGAAGAUACAAUAUUUCGACCUGGUGAGCAAAGAAAUUGGCGAAAUGUUCGAGGUGAAAGGAUUUGGAGGGGGAACGGACGAAAUAGACCUCAACCAACUAGCCACAAAGGCCAUGAACACGGACAUGAUUAAGGAACAACCAUUCUUGGUAGCGAUUGCGAAUUCUUUCGAAGACAUAUACGCUCAGUCCCUAGAAAUUAAUGAUAGCAUGACGCUAGGCACGUUUUGGGCACCUUUCAAAAUUGAUUUCCUUUUAACUUCGGAAUCUGUCCGAUGGUCCUUCACAAAUGCGAGGAUGGGAAAGCUGGACUCGUUUUGUGUGGAUACGUACCGCUAUUUUAAAACUAAGGAAGCUGGAUUCGGAAACUUUAUCAAUAUCAUUACGAUCCUUGAGAGUAUCAAUUUGCCUCAAAUAAUUAAGUGCAAUCCCGUCUUCGUUAGAUGGUUGGACAUGGCGGAAAAAUUCGUCGGGACCAUGAACGAUCUCCUCGGGCUGCAGAAAGACUUGUUAUACGGGGAGGAAGAUGGCAUCAUUAUGUUCAAGCUGAGGAAGGGGACAUCUCUCAACGAUGCGGUGGAUGAAGAGUUGAAACUGAUUGGGGACUACGUGAAGGAUUACGGAGAACUGAGAACAUUCAUACUCACAGAAUUUGGCGAGAAAUACGUCCAGGUCGAGACGUUCGUGGAUUUUGUGGAUUCAGCGUUGCACGGGUCACUGUAUACUUUCAGGGAUUCGAUAAAAUACGGAAUGAAGGACCAAAUUCGAGUGGACUACAAUUAAUCCAACAUGAAGUUAAAUUUCAAUUCAGAAUGAAAUAUUUAUCAAUUAGAAUGGCAAUAAUUUUUACUUUAAUUUGUAUUCAAAAUGAUGUAAGUAAAUAAACGUGUUUCAUGAGA